AUGAGCUCCUCGGAGAGCGGUGCGCCACCCGCUCUGCGCCGCCAGCAGCUGCGCGCGCUGCUCGCCAGCUCCCUGCGUUCGUCCGACGCCAACCUUCUGCGCUUGUCGAAGCUGCUGUCGUACCCCGCCGGCGUCGACAGCACCCUGUGCACCAUCAACUACACCCUCACCUUCGUGCGCACCGGCCUGCAGAAGCACCUCGAGGCCAAGCUACGCUCCCUCGCCGUGGGCAUAGCCGAGAAGGCCUCGGAUGCCCUCUUGCCCGGCGACACUCUGAUCGCCUCGCUCCCGCCCACGCCCGCAAUCCGCCGCCUCACCCGCACCGCCGAUGCCACCAAGAAGCUCGAGUCGCUGAUCUCAGACUUCCGCGUCUUCGUCCGCAUGUGGGGCCUGCUGGACCUGUACAUCUGGGGCCGCGCCACCUACCUCUCUCCUCCGGCAGACGGCGUCGUGCGGACCAUCACCUGGGCGCAGGUUGUCGUGAAUGUCCUGUUCCAGGUGCUCGAGAACGGCGCGUACCUUGCCAGCAAGGGCAUCCUGAACACGGACGGCUGGACGGGCGAAGCGGGCGCGAAGAGGCAGACGUCGUGGUGGCUGUGGAGCGCGCGCUUCUGGGCGGCACACGUCGGACUCGAGCUGGUCCGGCUGGGCUAUGUGUGGCAGCAGGAAUCCGCGCAGGCCAGGGCCGAAGGCGAAGAAAAGGAAGACAAGCUGGAGCGGAGGAAGAAGUACCAGCGGUGGUGGAGGGACCUCAUCAGCAACGCCGCCUACGCGCCGCUGACGGUGCACUGGAGCCUGGAAGAGGGCUGCGUGAACGACACAUUAGUGGGCAUUUGCGGAAUGGUGGCGGGCGGCGUGGGCCUGCGCGACAAGUGGCGGCAGACAGCAGCUUGA